AUGAGCUCUCAGGGUUUCUCUUUUCCGCCGCCUCCGCCGCCUCCGCCCCCGUUGCCAGCGCAGCAAGCACCGGCCGACCCCCAGGCUCGACAUGGACAGAACCGAGGUGGACGCGAUCUAGAUACAAGAGGCCGUGGCAGAGGGCAGGGCAGUCGAGGCCGUGGAGGUAAUCAUGCACGCGGUGGACGAGCACCAUCAUACCCUGCAGCUGGAGGCUUCAACUUUACACAGCCAAACUAUGGCGGAUACCCUCAAGCUCUUCCCCCAGCACCAUACAUGACCCCUUCGCCUUAUCAUCCUGGGCAAACAAUCCCAUUUCAGCCUCAGUCAUUUCCCCAACCAGUAGCGCAAGGGAACUACUUGCACCCCCACAAUCCUCAAAAUCCGACGCCAUAUCAACCUCAUCAGUUUCCCCAGUUGGCGGCGACGGGAAGCUACCCACACAACACUACUCCCGGCUACCCUCCCCCAGACUACAUGAAAGGUCUACCAGCACCUCAUCAUGGUCACCAGCCGAACAAUCACGCAGUGAUGGGCUCCGUACCCUGGCACAACAGGAUGCAAGGUGCGGGAUCAUACAUGGGAGCUCAACCAGGACAAGCACUAGGGCCACGACCUCCUCAUGGCAAUCAGGGCCUAAUCCCUCCUCAAUCCCAUAAACGGGAUCACUCUUCUGCGUUCAAAAAGCAACCUACCGUACCCCGAACUCCCGCGGCGCCUGCAGUACCAAGCUUCGGGAAUCCUCUGCCGUCGAAACCACCACUUGCUACAGACCUCACAGCCGGAAAGGCAAAGAGAAGAAGGCGCAAGCAUAAUCAACUUGGCCUAACUCCCCAAGCCAAUGACGAGUCCAGUGAAGAUGAAGUAGCCGAAGACGAAGAAUCCAAGCUGGCGCAAAGUGUAUCUGAAACAGCACCACUUCAGGUAUCUUACAAAGGCCAAACAUCUAAACUAGCAACGCCCUCAGAUAUCGCUGCUUGGAUUGCAGAACGAAAGAAGAAAUUCCCCACCCAAGCUCGAAUUGAAGAGAAAAAGAAGGCUGUAGAGGAGGCAAAGGCAGCCCGUGACGCAGCACGUCCACAAAAGAACAAAAAGGAGCACAAAAAGCGAAAGGACCAUGGCCAAAAGCAAAGUGGAUCCAACGCAAAUUCCGCUCCUGAUCUGGCUAUGAAUGAUGAACAACGCAGGGAGACUAUUCAGCGCGAUCUUGCACGUGAGGAACAACGAAUCCUCGAUGCCAUGGCUGAGACCAACGCUGCUCGUCUCCGAGUGGAGGCCCUACGAAGGGAGGCAUUGAGCCUAAAUGGAGGCGUGCAGCAAGACCAAUCUAUUACCCCGGCCGUCAAAACUGAGCCCGAUGAUGCUACGUCAGAGCCAGCGACUAAAGUCGAACUCGAAGCCCCUAUGCUUGGGCCAGUCAUCAAACCUGAACCUCACGCCACGAUACCAGAUACCUCGAUUCCUGAGAACCCAAUCAAAGUCGAGCACUUGUCCCACUCUAGCUUGGAUGGUCCUAUGGACCUUGAUCCCGAUAUCGAUGAUGGGGCAAGUGACUGGACUUCCUCCAGCGGCUCCGACUCGGAUUCCGACUCUAACUCGGACAGCGACGGUUCUGCACCAGAGCAAGUAAGCUCACGCCGCACGGGGCCGGAGCGGGUGCCGCCCCCGCCACGCGAAGGCAAAAAGACCGUCUGCCGUUAUUUUGCGCGCAAUGGCCAUUGCAACCGUGGCGAUCAAUGCAAAUUCUCACACGAUAAUGACUCUGAACGUAGCUCCAAGGCAAAGACCAAACAGCCAGAAAAGAAGGACAAAGACCCCAGACGCAAGGGACUUUACCAAGCUUUGCUGGACCGACAACAAGAGGAUGAUGAUCGCCGAGCAAUGGAAGUGAUCCUUUGGCUGGGUCAAAACAACGUGUUGGCCCUGAAUCAAGGAAGCUAA